AUGACAGGACGCGAGCUCCUGCAGGUCCUCUUACCGGGCAACGCCGCCAUCCUCUCCGCAUCCGUUGCUUCGUCUGCCUCCACCUCGAUCCAGGAUCUGAUCGUUGCACUCCUGACAGAUCUCACCAACGAAAAGCACCUCGCAGCAACCUUUGGAUCUCAUUUUCAGCCAUGGUCAUCGGCCACCUCCCAUGACUUCGAGAGCUCUCCCAAGUGGCUCGUCGAUCACCACGGUCAGCUCUGGGGCAUUCAAGCUGUACAAGUAUCCGAGCCCAACUACGAAUGGAACGAGCAGCAGCUUAAAGCGAUUGACGACGGCUUGGUACCUCUACAAACCGGUGUCUUUGGCUUCCUCCGUAGCAUUGCACGUGGUGCGGACCAUGCAGAGAAUGACGUCCAGUCGCAACCGACCCUAGAUCUAUCUUCGUCCACUACCUUCUCCGACUUCCUCCUGUCUUCACAUUUGCAUUCGCCUCGUCUCCGACUCGUCUGCGGUGCUCCAGGAUUGAGAGUUCGUCUCCGCUUUGGUCACAUUCCAGAGAUCUACGAUGGCUGGGAUCACAGGACCUUGUUCCUGCCCGCUGAUCCCACAACGCCCGGUGCGUCUGGUAUCGGCUCCACCGUCGCAGACGCAGUCGAAGCCAUCUGCGAAGAGUUUGGCAUUCGAAGAGUCGUACUCCAAGGCAGUAAAUCCGCCCGCGUCGUCUAUGCUCUCGCACCACUCCCUUCAACACCCGCAUCUGCGCCAGCUCCCAUGCCGCCGCCCUCUCCAUUACCAGAUACAGCGUUUCUACCUCAAAUUUUGCGCAGCAUCGACACACCAAAUCCCAGCCUCAUGUUCACCAUCAGCGCAAGUUGGCUAAGCAAACUCGGAACCGUUGCGCAGGGAUUUUCCAAACACGCUCGUAGACAAGGAUCCAACGGACUAACACCGGGCUUACCUACAACCUCGGGGCCUGGGCAGCCUACUCAGUCCAGCUCGCCAAUCAAACAGACGGGAGCUAAGACGGGUAUGCUUGGUUUGUGGGGCUCCGCAAGUGUAAGCAAGGCUACGGCAGCUCUUCUUCCAUCGACUUUUUUGCCGGCUGCUAAGGAUGCCUCCCCUUCGACUGGCGAUGCUGAUCUCGAUGCCCUAUCCAUGGAGCUCACAUCCGCACGCUUAUCCGCCGAGGACGAGGAUGACGAAGAAGCAGGAGGCACGCUCAAGGGAAGCAAACCGCCCACACCGGCUCAGCACAUUGUCUCAUUGCCUGGGUACACGCAACAGGACGAUCCAUCAUCAGAAGUUGCCGAAUCAUCUGUCGACACCGCCGUCAACAUUCCCAAGGGUCGCCGUCAUCAGCCCCCAUCGGCUACCGCGCGACUCAGCCGAAUGUUUGAAGGCUGGAUUGGAGGCAGCGCUGAGCCGUCUUCCCCGACGCGCGACAACAAUGGUGCUGCCGACUUGCCCGAGACGCCAACAAACUCACACGCUCGUCGCGUUCCCGUUACCGUCGGUAGAAGCGGCAAAACCUUCAGCGUUAGCGGUCCGCUCGAACUCGAGUCCGACAGCAGUAGUGUCUCACGCUCGCCCUCCAUCGCCUCCCUUCAUCAGCUUUCUCCCGCACCAGAUAACAUUGAUAACCCGGAAGAGAUCGCAGUGAGGUUUGAAAAGCUUAUGCAGGAUCUUGGCAUCAAGGGCACGAGCCGCACCGCCAUGCUGGCCCUUCCGGACGACCGCAAGCGCUUCCUCAUCAGCCAAAAUGAAGCAGCAAGGGCGUCGACGCCGUCCAAGUCGCGCAUACCUUCUCAAGCCGACAAGCCAGGCUCACCAACGCCCAGUACUGGCUCCGAAACCAUGGCCCGUAGUUCUGUCAUCCCUACAGGAUGGUCCAACCGCUUCAGCAUCUCAAGCAUAGCAACGUGGGCAACAAGCGACUCACAAGGCUCUGGAGCAGGUUCCACAAAGGACGGCGAUGGUGGCGCAAGUCCUUGCGCUAGCCUUUUGGCGGACGCAUCCGGCGGUAGCACGCGACCUACCACAAUCAUGUCCGAAUGCGGCUCGCUCGGAUCAAUUGACUCCAAAGUGCAAACCAAUGGCGACCACACCAACACUGUCCGCGCCCAUCAUACUGGCAGCAGCGCCGGUGCGACCGCGAGUCUGUGGAGCAGCUGGUGGGGCGGAGGCAGCGUAAUCGCAGGCGGCAGCGGAAACCCUGGCCAGGACAGCGGCGACGAAAAAAAUGCAGCGAUGGGUCACGUCACCCAACUCAAGGACGGUAAACUCAGCCGCAAAGAUCUCUAUAAGCACUUGCUCUCACUACGCGUGACGCUUAGCAGCGCAAAGCUCUCAUGGAUCGACAGCUUUCUCCAUUGCGACGGAUUGGGCGCCUUGGAGCUUCUCAUGCAGCAAGAGACAGACGGCAUUGUCGGCGCACUCGGCAGCAACCGAUCUAAGCAGCUUGAACGCAAAGAUAUGUCGGAUGCCAUCCUGCUAGAGGCGAUCAAGUGUCUGCGGACACUCAUGAACAUCGAGCUCGGCUUCGAAAAGGUGUUGGAGCAACCCUACUUGGUCAACUACAUCGCCUUUGCCCUCCGUUCUCCUUCCUACAAGUUGCGGCUUCAGGUCGCCGAUGUGCUUGCUGCUUUGUGCGUGCUCUCGCUCGAUGACGGCCAUCGCAUGGUUUGCGGCGCUCUUUCGGAACUCAAGAUUGUGACUGGCGAACGCUUCCGAUUCGCGUUCCUGGUGGAGGAUCUCAAGCCAGAUGCUUCGAGCAGCUCUUCUAGUGAUGCUUGGGAUGCAUCGGCCGAUCUCAAUGAUGCCGACACUAACGAAUCCAUCGAGUGGGAGUACAAGGCAGCAGCGAUGGUGCUUAUCAAUGCCAUCACCAACAGCCCAGAGGACCUGGAGGAGAGAGUCGCGCUUCGUGACGAAUUCGCCCGCCGAGGUCUCAACGAAGUGCUCGUGUCGCUCCGCUACGUCGAUCCACCCGAAAGCUUAGCGACGCAGAUCCAAGUGUAUGUCGAGGAAAAGCAAGAGGACCAAGACGAAUUGCACGACCGUGCUCUGCACGUAUCCGACCGCGAGCGUGGCGGCGAUGCCGUGUCGGAUCUGGGCGAAGCCGGAGACUUACUCCGAUCCGCGCAGGACGCACAUGAAGACCUAUACCCGGUCAUGAUCUCGAUCUUACGACACACCUCGAGCAUCCUCGAUCGCGACAUCGAUCAUCAAUUCAAAACUGACCUCCUCUUUGUCGUGGACAAGUACGUCGAGCAGUCGGUCCACGUCGCCGAUUUCGAUGAGGGAUGGAGGAUCUUCAUGCGCUCUUACCUCGCUAAUAUUCAGCAUUUGGUCGGCAAGCAAGCCAUGAUCAAGGCCAACAGGAUGAGCGACACGAGCACAGUUCCAAGCAGCUUUAUCGAGGAGCUCGAGGGACUGCGUGCCAAAGUGGAGGAGCUUAGCGAUGAUAAGGCCAAGUUGAGCACCAAGCUCAACGAGCAAACCGCCGAGGUGAUCACGCUUCGGAGUUUGCCGGGUGCCGCUGCGCUUCGUAAGGACACGAUCGACGACGAGCUCGCUCCCCCGGGAACGCCGUCGACGCUGCCAAAGCGAGGCGAUAAAGAAAGCUUUGCUGGUGUCAUUCAGCGACUUGUAGCGAAAGAAAAGCAGGUCAUCGAGUUGCAAGCGGAGCUGGACCGUCUCUCUUCCGCUGCGCGCCCUGAUGAGCGCACAGAUGGUGACGAUCGAGCCAAGAAGGAUCGCUUGGAGCGCAACCGACAAUGGACUAAUCUCAUGGAUGAGAUUGCGCGUCACAAGGAGCAGCUCGCAAGUGUCGAAGCAAAUGUUGAGGCCAAGGAGAGAGAAAUCAAAUACCUCAAACGCGCACUCGAGACGGUCUACGGCCGUUUCCAGAACGGCAUUGCACAGGCUCAGGAAGAAGCCGAGGCAAAGGACAAGGAGCAAGAAGCUGCCAAGGGCGCUGCCUCUAUCGAAAACCCGGAGCUAGAGGCAGAUAUGAUGGCACGUCGAACAAUCGAGACGCUCAGCAAGAAAGACGCCGAGAUCUCGGAGCUACGUACCGAUAUUGCCAAGUUGCAGGAGAAGGCACUCCAGUCGAUGGAAGCAGCCAAGUCGAGCGAGCACACCGAGGCUCUGCAGAGCCAAUUGGGCGAGAAGGACAAGCAGAUCACCAAGCUCAAGAGCGAAAUGGCCAAAUUACAGGCGCUUCUGCUUCAGCUCCAGAUUCAGCCCGCCGGGUUGGGCGAUGGAGCUGUACGCGCUGCACCGGUGCAUCGUCAAGCCCCGAGGCCGCCCGGUGCGCCUGUCGUUUCAGCUGCAGAUGGCGCUUUCAGGACUGCGCCGCUACCUCCUCCAAAAUCUGCCGCAAGUGCGGCUCCCAUGAUCUCUGCUGCUUCUCCAUCUUCACCACCGCCACCGCCGCCACCACCGCCACCGCCGCCCGGACCUGCCGCUGUUGGACUUGUUCCCCAUCUCUUGGCUAGUGCGAGCAUCGGUGGACCACCACCUCCUCCGCCACCGCCGCCACUUGCUCCAGGUUUUCCACCAGCAACAGCGUCUAAUGAUACAGGAGGUCUGCUUCCGCCGCCGCCACCACCACCACCUCCGCCGUCUCUGCAAGCAGGCAUGCUCGGUGGACCACCGCCGCCACUACCUCCUCCUCCACCGCCUGGCGGUCUUGCGAUUGGGAUCCCACCACCACCACCUCCCCCAUCUCUGUCUGCUGGGCCAGCUCCACCGCCACCGCCUCCGCUCAGUGGGCCGACCGCGCCCAAGCCACCGGCGCUACCUCUCAUCCCCAAGAAGAAGCGAAAGGCGCUCUUCUGGAACAAACUUCCGGCACACUCGCUCGCGAGCACGGUCUGGAGUGACCUUCCCCCAGCCACCGUCGAUGUGAUUGGCGAAAUCGACCGCAUCGAUGAGCUGUUCGCUGUGGGAAGCAAGCCAAUCGCUGCCAUUCCUGAAACCAAGCAGACUGGCCGAAAAGCAAACCCAACCACGCUACUCGAUCUGACCCGGGCGCAAAACGUCUCGAUUGUGUUGACUCGCAUCAAGCUACCCUUCCCCGAGCUGCGCACCGCUCUUCUGCAGUGCGACGAGUCCAAGCUCAGCCUCGACAAUCUCAAAUCGAUCAGAUCGUGUCUCCCAACAGCGGAGGAGCUUUCGCUCGUCCGCGAUUAUGAUGGCGAUAUUUCUGCGCUGAGCAAAGCGGAUCAGUUCUUCCACGAGGUACUCGGCAUUCCGCGUUUGGCGGAACGCUUGGGGUGCAUGAUCUACAUGCGCAAAUUUGAACUCGAACUGGAAGAGUUGAAACCCGAUCUACGCAUCCUCAAGCAUGCGGUGGAUGAGAUCAACGCCAGCAGCAAGUUCAAGGCGGUGCUGGGCACGGUGUUGACGGUAGGCAAUGUGUUGAAUGCAGCGACGUUCAGGGGUGAAGCUGCUGGAUUCCAGUUGAGCGAUCUGCUCAAGUUGAAGGAAACAAAGCCUUCACAGCCGACGCCUUCAACGCCGACGUUGCUGCACUAUCUGGUUCGGGUGCUGAACAAAACGGACAAGACGCUGGUUGGCUUUCUCGAUGAUUGCUCGCAUGUCGAAGCUGCGGCUCGACUGUCAACCACAUUGAUCAUGCAGUCCGUCACGAGCCUGAUCUCGGCCCAUGCGACGGUGAAGGAGGAGAUGUCGACACUGCAACGCAUCAGUAUAUCGUCGCAAAGUGAUCGAUUUGUUGACGUGACAGCUGAAUUCGUCAAACAGACGACUCCGCAGAUCAAAGCAUUGCAGCUGGCGGGCACGACGGUUCAAGAGAGUUUGGCGAAACUGCUGGUCUACUUUGGAGAGGAUCCGAGUCAGACCAAGCCGGAAGACUUCUUUGGGCUUGUCAGCAGUUUUGGUCAGGCACUCAUGCGGGCAGAAGAAGACACUUUGCAGGCGGAUAGGAAGGCCGAGUUGGAGGAGCAGAAGAAGGCCAAGCAGGUCAAGCGCAAGUUUGGAUUGAGUAUUCCGCAAUUCGGACCUGAGGUCAGGGGUCCGCUCGCACUCGGCGCAAGGUCGGAAUCGACGGGCGGAAGGGAGGACGAGGACAAGUUGGAGGAAGAUGUCACGCCCACAAGCUCACGCUUCCAUACUUGUGCAUCGAACGAGAGUAGCAGUGGGACGCUGAAAGUGGAUCAGCCAGAGGUCGAUCUGAAUAGGCGAUCCUACCGUGGACGAGGUCAGCUAGACGAAGCGAUCAAAGAGCUGCGUGCAGGUGCAGCAGGUCGAAAGCUCGCCAACGUAUUUGCUGGCCGAGAUUCCUCGCCGAGCCCAAAAGCUUGUUCGAGGAUCUUCACGCGCGCGCCGGCUCCUGCUGUUACACUGGAGGCGCAAGAAGAAGCUGGCGUGGCAGCAGCCGCAACGAUCGGGCGCACGCGAUUUGCCUCAUCCACCCUCCGAGGCGCAGCAAGAGAGUCGAUCUACGCAAACGGAACCCUGUCUGGUGCGCCAACCGGCACGUUGAGCGGCAGGAAGAGUCUCAGGGUCAAGCAAAGUCAGAGCCGAAGACCGCUUUCCAGGGUUUUCAUCACUGGCGAUCCUGUCGUGCGCGAUGAGUAG